AUGCUUAGAGAUGAAAAGGAAAUGAAAGAUGUAGUGUAUGCAAUAGUGAUACUUGCUUCUAAAUGUGAGGAGAUACAUGGAAAUAUAGAUACCCUUAUAAAGAAACUUCCGGAAUCUAACAAAGAAAGCAUCUUGAACUACGAGUCCGAUAUGUUUGAGGCUUUAGACUAUAAUUUUCAUUUCCCAAGCUUAUAUCUUAGAAUGUAUGGAAUACUUGCAAUACUUCAGGAGAAAGGAAUUAUUAGAGUUGCAGCUGAGACUGAAGGCGCUGUAAAGGUUGCCGAGGGAAGUGACGAUGAAGGAGCUUUUAUUUACGAUGGAGAAGAAUGUAUCGUUCCAUGCAUCAAUAAGCUGUGGGCAUCUUCCGUGCGAAGGAUGGACAAAGUACUUCUUUUAGAUAAAGAAUCAUAUAAAGAAAUAGAACUGGUGUAUGCAGGUCUCCACCUCCCCUAUGAAAUAUUUAACUCACUUGAUUUUCCUUUCAAUCAAGAUAACGUCACCAAACUCAGGAAUGCUUGCGGAGCUUUCCAAUUCCUAGGUUGA